CAGCUGUUGAGCUUCGAAAGUCACUUCAACUGAAAAUAACUUUUUAUUUUUUUUACAUAUUUGUUGGACAACAAAUUUGAAGUGGUGGGAAAGCGGAUAAAAGCGCAACAAACUGGAAAGUUUUUGGUCAAGAAAAUUCGCCGAGCUUUUGUGGGCCAACAUGCAAAACCAGUCAACACACGGAAAGCAAAAGAAGGCCAGUAAUAGUCGGUUUUGUUAAAGCGCCGCGUCAACAACGCCAAUAUUCGGGUGUACAACGAAAUUUCGUGCUAUUUUUAACCGAUUUGCAUUGCUGUUGUGUGAGUGUUGAGGAAAUUUUUAGCUGAGUAUAAAAUUGUUAAGCACAAGCUUCGAAUAGUGAUACUGUGUUACCUCAACAGAAAAACUCUAGUGGCAGUCCCGCGUGGAUUGCUUACGUGACGUCAUUUACAUAUGUAGUAACAUAGCAUAGCUGAUACAUGAAAUUUAAUAUAUGUACAUAAUUAUUACAAAGGCAAUAUUGUGCGCGCUUUAAACUGUGAUUCAAUCGAGCUUUCUUUACAAAGCAAAAAAAUCAAAACAAAAGCGUCAGUGUUCUAUUAUUAGUCAUAAAUAUAAAUAUUUAAUUAAGUUAGUAAGAUGCAAGCAGAUAAAUAUCAACUAGUGCGUUAUGCUCGGACUUGUUUGCGUUUAUUCCAACCGCAACAAAUACACACAAACAAACAACAAACACGAUUAUUAACACAAUUGGGAAACCAGCGAAAUCAGUUGAAUUUAGUAGGUGGUACUACGCUCGCCAACACUAUAGUGAACAACAAUUUUACUGCCAGCGCUACCAGCAUUGCCGGCAUCUUUUUGCAGCAACGUUAUCAACAUGCCCACCUCCCUCGACUACAAAGCAAUACUCACAACCGUCAUAGUAACUUCCGUCAGCCACAUACAAAUAUUUGUACACAAGCUAUAACGCCGUUACGAGGAAAAUAUCCAACCGAUACGGCCCAUGAGCCUUUGUGUUCGGAACGCGCGCGUGAAUUGGUCUACAAUUUGAAGGAUUCGGAGCGUGAGGCUAUCAAGAAUGCGCUAGCGAAGUAUGAUUCUGAUCGCCAACGGGCGGGCUAUGAAGGCAAACUUGCAGCAACACAAUGGCGCACACGCUUCGGCCGCCCCUCGCAGGUGCCGCGACUGGGCGAAGUUGAUCCCACAGGCCGUUAUUGCGCCUUUCCUGAGGAUUGGCUUAAACAAAGAGCGGCGGCCAAGGCUCCACCUCCCACAAUGGCAGAUUUGCGGCGAAUUUGCAUAGUGAACGCGGUGCCAUUCAUCGCUUUUGGCUUUCUGGACAAUUUCGUCAUGAUAGUUGCGGGCGACUCAAUCGAAAGCAUAUUUGGCGCCUUCAUGUGCAUCUCAACGAUGGCCGCCGCUGGUCUCGGCAACACGGUGAGCGACAUACUCGGCAUCGGUUCGGCGUACUAUGUGGAACGUGGUUGCGAAAUGAUGGGCUUCCGCCUACCCGACUUGACGCCAGUUCAAAUGGAAAUGAAAUCCAGUCGGCACUCAGCCAAUUUGGGUCGCAUUGUUGGCAUAACAAUUGGUUGUCUCUUAGGUAUGGUUCCUCUGCUCUUUAUGAAGAAGAAAGAUCCAAGUGAAGUUGCGGCUGCAAAACCCGAAAACUGUUAAGGCUCCAAAUUCUUCGCUUACAUUUUUUUUAAUUUCCGUUCCAAAAUUAUAUUAAGUUUAAAUAUACAUACGUAUGUAUAUAUAUGUAGAUAUGUGCUUUAUUAUUUUCGCAUAAAAUUGAUAUAAGAUGAUUUUUUUUUAAAUAAUUUUAAAGGUUAGAAUUGAUUUUAGCAAUUGGUGUGACUCAGGCUCAGAUGCAAUAAAUGGAAGAAGACUACACAUACAUAUGUCACAAGUACAUACAUAUUGUACAUAUAUAUUUAAUUAUGUCAACGAAAAAUAGUUCAAUAACAUGAAAAUACUGAUUUUUUCUUUAAUAAUUUGUAUGCAUAGUAAAUGUAUGUACAUAUAUGGUAUAUGUAUUUAGGUGUAUGAUUUUUUACGAUUAUUUUGUGCGAUUGACUUUCUUUCUAAUAUGUAUAUUUUUUUUAACAAUUUUGUUUUCAAAUUUUAAGCGAAAAUAUAUGUGUUAUUUUUAAGAAGUAUUCUAUAUUCGCCUUUUUUAUUUUUCUUUGAUUAGUAGGUAAGCUCGUAUUUUAUUAAAAUACAUUUAUUUGGUUUUUUGACAGUUGCUUUUGUUUUUUUUUUAUUGUAUUUUGUUACCAUAUUCUAUCCUUCCUUGGUUAACCCCACUUUUUCGCUUUUAAAUUAAAGCAAAACGAACUUUACUGCUUCUCUCUGAUAUAAAGAACAAAAUCUUCUCACAAAAACCUUUAAAAGUUCGUAGCCAUACUAAAACGUCAGGUAUCAUGGAAUGAUACUUCAAGAGUUAUAUCACUUUUGAUUUAGAAUAGAUCGAUCUGGCUGCACUUCGAGUAUCAUGGCAUGAUAUUUAAAGAGGUAUAUCACUUCUGUUUUUGAAUAUAUCAAUCUGGCUAUACUUGUCUUUAUGUCUAAGCAUAUGAAAUUCACACUAACGACGUGACUCAAAAAUCACAAAUUCUCCGGCACAUUUCAACCUUCUCAUUUAAUAACUCAUUUGCCAAUUAACUAUUCAAUCAACUAACUAUAUGCCUUACACUAAUCACACGUGUACCUUCAACUUAUGUAUCGCUUUUUUAGAAAAAUAAAUUUAACACUAAUUAAAAUGUGUAUUAUCUACCGAAAGUAUUAACUAAAUUGUUGUAUACAGCCAGAAAAAAGGGCUUAAGCCUGGCUAAAAAAAUAUAUAUAUACUUAUAAGUAAAAAAAAUAAAAUAGUAUAUACUAUCCUAGAGCAAGAUAUGCUAAAUAUAGAGAAAUAUUUAGAAACCAUUAAAAAAUUCACUCAAAAGUAUUAGUUUUAAGCACUUGGAAAGUUCUAGUUUAUUAAACUUACUUAACUAAGAGCAAAAUCUAUUUAUUUUCUGUCUUCCAAACAUAUAAUAUAUUAUUAGUUAUAGUGCACAGUAAGCAAUUUAAAUUUUAUAGGUUAAGACUAGUUUCAACUUGCAGAUUCUUAGAAUUGUGCUAAAAAUUGCUUUGUUGUAGUUGGAAUGCGUUAAAAUUUCGGCUGUUGUCUAAUAAAUCUUCUUCAUAGAAAAAUGAUAUUCUAGUAAUUCUUGUCUUUGACACUUGUUAAGGUUAUAAUAGAAUUCUAAAUAAAAUAAAAGUCAAAAAGAUUUGAAAACUGCCAACUGUAUAGCUUAAAGUGGAAACAAUUCUCAAACAAACAUGAAAAUGUAUACCUAAAACCUGCCCUUUAUUAAUUAAUAGGGAACUUAAGUCAGCCCGUCCUAAUUAAUAUUUCAGUACAGCUUCAAAUGUAAAUUUCACACUCAAUACUUGCAUAUACUAUAUGUGUGUAUUUAUUUAAUAAUACGAAAAUAUAUACAAAUAAAAUUUAGAAUUGCUCAAAUGCAGUAUUAUCCAAACAUGGGAAAGCAAGUACCAAGAAAUUAAAAGACACCAAUCAUUGAGGUUAGAAAUCUGAAGUAAGCAAUAGCCGAAUAUAAAAUUAUAUAACAGGUAGUGCGUAUGUUACUUUAGUAGAAAUAUUAAAUUGAGCUUUAUAAAUGGCAAAAAAACCAUAAUAAAUUUAAUAAACUGUUAGUUUAUGUGUAUACAAGUAGUGAACAGCAAAAAUUCAAAACCCAAAAAACAUGAUAGAAAACAGGCUUGAAUUUAGUAGUGAAAAAAGUAGUUAAAAUAAUUCAAAAAUAAAAUGUGUGCAUACAAAAAAAGAA